AUGAAGGCACAAUCUGAAGCAAUGACCGUUGCCAUUCGACAAAGAUGCACGUACGCCAUCUCUGAUAGCGUACCAUCGUUCGAGGCGACGAUAGUACCGACCGAGUCCAUGUUCAAGAUCCCAACGCCUCCUAGAGUAGUAGCUGGCUUUCCAGAUCUGGUGGCGAGUCCGAAAGACACGUUCGGUGGAUUGGGAAACGGAUCACGCAACGCCACCUCACAGUCCGUGCUUAGGGCCAUUGCCAUUUGGCAAAGACGUUCUCGACAACCCGAACAAACCGAUACCAAGUCAAAGAGAUUCCAACCCUGCUGCUCGAUACAAAACUCGACAAAGCCUUUCUUCACAGUCCACGCCGCCAGCCUCAUCGACGCGUACUCCAGUCCUUGCUGGUCGUAUGCGUAG